AUGGACUCGAUGCUGAACAAGGCGAAAGAGGCGGCGGAGAAGUACACGGGCCACGGAGACUCGCACAAGGACGAGUCCAAGCUGCACCACAUGAAGCACGAGGCCGAGAAGAUGUACAUGAAGCAUGCCGCCAGGGACUACGCGGAGGACCACGGGUUUAUCAAGAAGAAGUACCACGAAGACGAGUCCAUUUUGGACAAGGCCAAGGAUGCUGUGAGUAAGGUCACUGGCCACGGAGAUUCACACAAGAAGAAGGAAGACGAAUCUUUCCUUGACAAGGCGAAAGAUGCUGUGGAGAAGUACACAGGCCACGGCGAUUCGCACAAGAAGAAAGAGGACGAGUCUUUCUUGGACAAGGCUAAAGAGGCUAUGGGCCAGUACACCCACAAGCACUAG